UAAACGUUACUGGUCAAGAGGUUGACUUACGUCACAGCUACAGUCGGUCGCCGCUUGUCACUUGAAACAUGUAACAGUGUGUGUGGGUGUGUGUGUGUGUGUGAGAGAGAGAUAGAGGAGAGGCUGUAAGCAGUGAAACCGGCAGUCUGCUCCGUGUCCCCCGACUGCCUCACCGCGGCAGACAUGACUCUGUCUCUGGGAUGGCUUUCCGCUCUGGCCGCGGGCUUUAUCUCCGUCCACGUUUUGCAGACACUCUACUUCCCAUACUUUUGGAGGGACCUCCUUUUUCUGCUGAAGGUGAUCAGGUACGGCGUUAAACUGGAGAUGUUCAAGCUGACGUCCAGCGUGUUCACGGUCCUCGACAGAUUCAUCCAGCAGGCGCAACGUAUCCCGAACAAGCCGUUUGUGAUCUACGAUGGGAGCGUCUACACCUACCGGGACAUCGAGACGCGCAGCAACAGACUCGCUCAUGUUUUCCUCGAGAGAGUGAAGCUGAAGAAGGGGGACUGUGUUGCCUUGAUCAUGAGCAACGAGCCCGACUUUCUGUGCGUUUGGUUCGGGCUGGCGAAGGUCGGCUGCUCGACAGCUUUCCUCAACACUAACAUCAAGCCCAAGUCUUUGCUGCACUGCUUCAACUCCUGCGGAGCCAAAACUCUAAUUGUUGGUUCAGAUUUAGUGGAAAGUCUGGACGGCGUUCUAAGCAGCCUGCUUGAGGACGACAUUCAGGUGUGGACCAUGAAGAAUCAGAGUGAGCACACACAGGUGCAAACUCUCUUGGAUAAGAUUGACGUUGCCUCUGACCAGCCUGUACCAGCCGUGCUACGUUCCUGCACUUCCCUCAAAUCUCCUACCUUGUACAUCUUCACCUCUGGAACAACUGGGCUCCCGAAGGCGGCAGUGAUUACUCACCUACAGAGCCUGAAGGCAGCAGCGGGUUUUUGGGCAUUUGGAGUGACGGAAGAUGAUGUCAUGUACAUUCCUCUACCACUCUACCACAGUGCAGCAUCUUUAAUCGGUAUAGGAGGAACCAUAUAUUUGGGUGCAACAUGUGUCUUGAAGAAGAAGUUCUCUGCCUCCCAGUUCUGGAAUGACUGUAGAAAACACAAUGUGACUGUGUUCCAAUAUAUUGGUGAGCUUUGCAGAUACCUCUGCAACCAGCCUAAGACAGAGGUGGAUAAAGUUCACAAGGUGCGGAUUGGCGUUGGGAAUGGGUUGCGGCAAGACGUCUGGCGGGAGUUCCUGAAUCGCUUCGGAAACAUUAAAAUGUGCGAGGUGUACGGCUCCACCGAGGGAAACCUGGUUUUCAUGAACCACAUUGGCAAGAUUGGAACUGUGGGCCGCUCGAACUUUAUCUACAGGCUUCUCUUCAAGUACGAUCUAGUAAAGUAUGACAUGGUGAAAGACGAACCAGUGAAAGAUCAGCACGGUUUCUGUCAGCAAGUGAAAAGAGGUGAGACGGGGCUUUUACUGUCCAAGGUGAGUGCCCUCACUCCGUUCUUUGGCUAUGCUGGAAGCAAACAGCUGACUGAGAAGAAGCUGUUGAGAAAUGUGUUUGUGAAGGGGGACGCCUACUUUAACACAGGUGAUCUCAUGGCUGAAGACCAGGAGGGCUUCAUCUGUUUCAGAGACAGAGUGGGGGACACCUUCAGGUGGAAAGGUGAAAAUGUAGCAACAACAGAGGUAACAGAGAUUCUUGGGCUGGUGGAUUUUAUCCAAGAGGUAAACGUGUAUGGAGUGGCAGUACCAGGGCAUGAGGGCAGAGCAGGAAUGGCUGCCAUGAUUGUAAGACCAGGCCUUACAUUCAAUGGCCAGAAGCUGUUUGAGCAUGUGAUGAAGGAUCUACCACCGUAUGCUCGUCCGCUGUUCGUAAGGCUUCAGGAGUUCAUGGAAAUGACGAGUACUUUCAAGCAGCAGAAAUUCAAGCUUGUGCAGAGCGGCAUCAACCCCUUAACUGUCGCUGAUCCUCUCUAUGUGUUGGACUACCAGCAGAAAAGCUACAUUCCUCUCACAGACAGUAUCUACCAGAGCAUCCUUGCAGGGGAACGCAAGCUAUAGAAUUUAGUAGGGCUGCUAUAACAUGACCUAAAACAAUGCACAAAGAAGGAUAGAAAUUAGCUCUACUUUUUGCAGCACUGACACAUAGCAUUGAUCCUACAAUCUAUUGAAUGAUUGACUGAGGUCUGAAUGAUAAGCUAUUGUGAUGAGUUUUGGGAAUUUUGGCUCUGGUAAUAGAGAGAUGAAUGGAUUAAGGAGAUUUAAUGGGUUAUCUCCAUGGUUAACAGGGUUUAAAGGGGUAAAACCCCUGGAAAUGCCCAAAUAUCAUAGAAAACCAUCCCUGGAUAUGCAAGUUAAGGUAUAAUUUGUAAGACAGUUGAUUGUUGAAGCUCAUUAACAGCUCUUCAAAUACUGAUGCUUUGGGUUGGUAGGUUGGACCAGCCACCAACCCAAAGCAUCAGUUUUUGAAGAGUUUGGAAUGAAACUUAACAAUCUUACAAAUUGGACCAUCUUUAAAUUGAAAAAUGAAGACCCUUUUAAGAUAUUAAUGAAGAGAUGGCAUGUUAUUUGGUCAAUUGUUUUGGUAUUUCUUUUACUCUUUUAAAAGCCCUUAAACUGAGAAACAAUGAGAUAUAUUACAACCUACUGAGAGUUCCCUUAGAAUCCAAUCCAGGUGCCUUCAUUACAUAAAUACUCUUGGGCUGAUAAGAAAAGUGCUGAUUUUAAAAAAAAGGUGACUGAAAUGAAGGGAUUCAGUAGUUAAUAAAAAAAAAUGGUUCACAAAUGUUGUGUGGAAUUUACAACCAAAAUAAAUGGUUCACAAAUUAUUUAUGAAACAAAAAUAACUAUAUAUGUACUUGAUGUUGAGAGAUUUUGGAUAUGAAGUGCCAAAAAGUGCCUAGAAAUGAAUCCAUAUCAAAACUGUUGAAAUGCUGUGAAAUUCUGAUUCCAUUAUUUAUUUAUUUUAGUUUUUAAUUUUUUCUUUUGCUUUUGUUGACCCAAGAUUUUAAUCUAAUGUGGAAUUAACCAGAAUUCAUAUUUGGGAACUUUCCCAGGUGAGUAUGAGUGUAUUUGCUGUUGGUUAAGAAGUCCAUUAACACAUAAGAUCUUCACUUCACAGUAGAUGCAGAAUCAUGGCAAAUGGGAUUUGUAUAACAAUAAAACAAGACAAACUUUAAAGUUUCUGUUUGUUUUAACAUUCUGAAGUCGACACAUGUUUUUUUUCCCUGCACUAACGAUGUACCUGAGGACUGAGACACUCACUUCUCUUGUGUCUCUGUGGAGAGUUGAAUUUGCAGUACCAACUGGUUAGAAUCUCUUCCUAGAUGGAGGUCAGCGGCAAUGUUACUGUGGUUCCUUUUUCAAUAUCUUUUACUUCAGUAGUCAAUGUCUAUGCAGUUGUCAUGUUUCCAUCGCUGAAAUGAGUGCAACCAUUUUUUUUUCUAUCUUAAUAAAUACACAUACGCACAAGAGAUUGAGCUGUGCAGAGCUGUUAUCCUGAGUUCUGAACAAUUUGAGCAUCAUAUUCUGUUCAUUGUUUGUUAAGUAAUGUAACCAAGUUAUCAAUAUCCAGUAACGUUCGGAACGUUCAAUUCACUUUUGUUUGUGAUCAUACAGAGUGUCUGAGUCUGCUAAGUCAGUGGGCACAAAUCUGUAUUCUUUUUAGUAAAUACACAUUUGCAGCUCAUUUGUGGUAACAGAUGCCUUGCCGCUGCACUUAAAUGCGACAACCUUUUGUUGCAGUAAACCUCAGGUGUCAUCUCAUUUAAAAUGUCAAUAUGGCGGAUCUCACUAUUCAGCUGCUGUCAUUUCUCUGACAAUGUUGAUUGUGAUUAUAAAAUAAUAUUUUUAUCUGCAGCUCAGCAGCUCAAUAAAGGGUAACUCCACCAAUUGUACACAACCUUUGAAAAGGAAGAAGAAUGUAUGAAUUGAAAAUAGUGAUAUUUCUGCCUAGUGAUUUGGAUCAAUUGUUUUUAAACAGUAUAUAAUGAGUCCAGCAGUGAUAGAGAAGUGCAAUGUUAGCCCAGCAGACUGGAUUUUAAAACUCAGUCAAUUACAUUCCUCACAUUUCAAUUCAGCCACUGAGUGGCAGAUUAAGUGCAGCUUCUUCUGGAUACAAAAAAGUACUGGUGGAUUUACCCUUUAUUGAAAAUUAGCCAACUAAAUGCUCAUGAGCUGUGAUCACAUGUCAUGCUUCAUCUGUAUCUGACAACAGAAGCAGAAAAAUGUCAUGAGAACAUCCAUACUGUGAAUUCAGCUCUAUUACAUAACAAUCUCCGUCCAGAAGACUGUUUAAGUGCUGUUUUAGACAUAAUCUCCUUCCGUAUGGCACACCUCAUAACGCCUAUUACGUAAGCAUUCACGCACACUGGGCAUGCGCAUGCAAGUGGAAGCAGGUAGUAGAUGUAUACUCUGGUCCACUGGUUGCUUAGUUGCAGAAUAUACAAUGAAGAUUUUGUAAUUUGACUUACUAAUUACCUACUAAACUUUACUUUUGGUUUCUAUGUGUAGAAGGUACUGCAACAGUAGAUCAUUUUUUCUGAAAACCGGACAAAUGUGAUUCCUCCUGUAUAAUGAUAUUUUUUAUUAAAUCAUUGUCAACAGCAUUUUGUCCCUGUUUCCAUCCAUGUAAUUUCAGUGUCUGCCUUUCUCAGAAUAAACAACAUUUGUAUAAUG